AUGUCUCUCAAGAACGACGCAUUCCCUUCCUCCGAGGCCUUCGAGGCCAUCAACGCCGCCCUCAGCAGCAGCGAAGCCGACCGCAAGGACGCCAUCAAGAACGGCAAGGCCGUCUUCGCCUUCACCCUCAAGAACAAGGCCGGCGAGACGGCCAGCUGGCACAUUGACCUCAAGGAGAAGGGCACGGUCGGCACUGGCGUCGGCGAGAACCCCACCGUCACCCUGUCUCUCUCCGACGAGGACUUUGGCAAGCUCGUCACCGGCAAGGCUCAGGCCCAGCGUCUCUUCAUGUCCGGCAAGCUCAAGGUCAAGGGCGACGUCAUGAAGGCUACCAAGAUGGAGCCCAUUCUCAAAAAGGCCCAGACCAAGGCCAAGCUGUAA